UCUCUUCUCGUAGCAGUUUCUGCUCUUGGCCAUGUCGGAAACCGCUCCCGCUGACACGGCUGCCCCGGCGCCGGUGGAGAAGUCGCCUGCCAAAAAGAAGGCAACCAAGAAGGCGGCGGGCGGUGGCGCUGCGAAGCGCAAGGCGUCCGGGCCCCCGGUGUCCGAGCUCAUCACCAAGGCCGUCGCCGCCUCCAAGGAGCGCAGCGGCGUGUCCCUGGCCGCGCUCAAGAAGGCGCUCGCGGCCGCCGGCUACGACGUGGAGAAGAACAACAGCCGCAUCAAGCUGGGCCUCAAGAGCCUGGUGAGCAAGGGCACCCUGGUGCAGACCAAGGGCACCGGCGCCUCGGGCUCCUUCAAGCUCAACAAGAAGGCGGCCUCCGGGGAGGCCAAGCCCAAAGCCAAGAAGGCGGGCGCGGCAAAAGCCAAGAAGCCCUCCGGGGCCACCCCCAAGAAGCCCAAGAAGGCCGCGGGGGCGAAGAAGGCGGUGAAGAAGACGCCCAAAAAGGCCAAGAAGCCUGCCGCCGCCGGCGUCAGAAAGGUGGCCAAGAGCCCCAAGAAAGCCAAAGCCGCUGCCAAGCCCAAGAAGGCGGCCAAGAGCCCCGCCAAGCCCAAGGCCGUGAAGCCGAAGGCGGCCAAGCCCAAAGCCGCGAAACCCAAGGCAGCGAAGCCCAAGGCUGCCAAGGCGAAGAAAGCGGCUCCGAAAAAGAAGUAGGAAGUUGGCCUUAAA